AUGUCAUGCUUACUACUACGCAGUGCAUGUCGUGAGCAGUGUGUGCAAUGUUACCAAGCCCCGCCGAGGAUUGGCGUGCUGAAUGCCGAGCUGUCGCUCUUUUCCCUGUCGUUGAGCAGGGGUGACCGCGACCACGCUGCCGGAUACCGGGACUAUGCUAGUCUGAAGCUGCGUGCGCUGCCGCUUCGUGUGCUCAUCGGAUCCCGUUGGCCGUUGUUUGCCCUGCUCACGUCAAAGCGAUUGCGAUGGUAUGCUCCUGCGAUAGGCAGUCCGGAUCUCACCAAUGACACGGUGGUAAACUGCGAGCAUCUUGAGGAGCCGGCUUUGAACUGGCAUGGUUACCUUGAUGCUUUCCGCCCAGAUGCUGUGAAAGACUGGUACAAUGCUACCAUCCGCUACGUCAUGUCAUGGCAGAUGACGCAAAUUCCGCAGGAGCUCUACAAGGAGUGCCCGUUGGGUUUCAUUACGACAAUGCUCAUCAAGGCCAUCACGUGUGCUACGACGGAAAGCAGCUGCUUCGACAGUUUUGCCGGCAAGGCCGAACGUUUUCUGAAGUCUUCGCCGCACAUGCUAGAUUUACUGGCUCACAGCCGUUGGCCUCUGUCGACGCUGCUCAACUUUCUUGCCACCACUGCCAGACAUCAGUACUUCCUCGACUUCACUGAGGACGAGCUGUCCGGUAAUCUAUCACCACUGAUCUUGAGUCAGUCAACGACGUUCGUUGCGGCAAUGGGCAACUGGCUAGGAUCUUUACACAAGGCAAGCUCUCAAAGCUUCCGCGACCUUGCGGCUGUGCUCCCAAAGCUGGGGCCUGCGUGGGAAGAGGCGCCCAACCUUGUGUACAUCACAAUGAUCUACGGGGCAAAGUUCAACAGGUACAUGCGUCGCUUUUGUGCACGCGCCCGAUCAGUGGGCCUCGUGGGUGAGCGUCUGCUCAUUUUUACGUUAGACCAGGAAGCUUUUGAGCUGUGCCUGGUGGAGAAUGGCCAAAGAUGCAUCCGAGGAACCCCUUCAAUCAUGAACAAGUUCACUCUACCGUUGAUGUGUGCACACCUUGGGCUGGACACCGUGUGGAUCGACUUGGACGUUUUCCUUAUGGUCGACCCAACGCCAGCUCUUUUGGAACAUGCAGAGCGCGGGCCAAACGACCUUUUGGUCUCAGGUUCAUUCGAGGCAGACUGCAUUUGCAACGGCAUCGUUUAUUUCCGGUCCACGCGUGUUGUCGCGGACUGGCUGUUAUCCGUCCUCGUUUGGAUGUACCAUCAUCCCUAUGAGCACGAUCAGAAGACCUUUAGUGCGUUCCUCAACUACACUGAGCGGGUCUCAAAGGACGACCUCGACUUGCCGCAGAUUCCGGCAUGGGACACGCUUGAUCCAAUCAAUCAGUUCGUGACCCCCGACACCUUUGAAGGGAAUGGAUGGACUGGUGAUUUGGAGAAUAUCGUCAUCUACCACUUCCUAAACGGUGAGUCUGAUACCGCUGGGGGCACUGGCCUUGAUCCCAGCGGCACAUGGAUGCGGCAGUUUGGGCAUUUCACCGACGCGGGCGGCGCUGCUCCAGGGAAAUGCGAAGGCGAAUCUUGCCGAAGUGGAAAGGUCAGUUUGAUGGACCUUUUCUACGGGCAGGAGGAAGAGCUCUACACCACUGCCAUGCCUGCGUACGAGAACGAGGCGAUUCGAAAUGCGCUCCUUUCUGCCCGCAAGGCAGAGCGCAGCACAAAGCUCCUGGGACGGCCGUGUGGGCCGAUGGUUGGCUGGGAUUGGAAGAACGAGGCAGCUGCGAAGCUGUCUCCAGAGCUUGUCGAGGCAAAGCUUCAAAAAGCCAGGGAGCAAACGGCCACGAUUCAGCUCCGGGCAGCUGCGGAUGCGGACGAAGCCUCAUGA